AUGUGGCUCCCUUUUGGCUUAGGCCUCCUCGGCUUUGCCGCAGCCACAGAGUUAGCUGAGAGCCUUUGUUCAAGCACAGUUUAUGUUACAAAAACAGCAACUGCUCCUGCGGUAUCUGAUUCCAGUUCACCAACAUCAGCCUCGGGAAAGAGUAUCACUGUUGCCACCGACGCGAGUGGACAAUUCACAGCAAUUGGUGAGGCCAUUGCAUACGCCCAGGAUCACCAAGUUCCCACUGUUACUGUACUAGCUGGGACAUAUCCAGCCGUGACCGUAUCUGCCACCCCUGUUGUUGCUAUCAUCGGCCAAAGCAAGAACAAAAAUGAUUACUCAAAGAAUGAAGUUGUUGUGUCUAGCACAGGCAUGGCUCUCACGAUUUCAGUCGAUGUGACUCAGAUCACUUUUGAAAAUAUCAAUUUCGUCAACCAAGCAUCGGCGGAUGGUGCAGCGAUGAUCCGUGGGGGGAAAAAAGGGUUCUAUCAAUGUCAGUUUGUGUCCGGCGGCUCCGGCAUAACAACCGACCUUGGCUUAGCUGUGAUCGCAAAUAGCUACAUUGAAGCUUCAGAAAGCAUUAUUUCGGGAGUUGGGACGACGUACAUUUACAACACUGCUAUCGUUCCCACGGACAGCUUGGCUACAAUCGCUUUCAUUGAAGGCCAUGUUCUUGGGAAUACGCUUUACAAUUCCACAGUCAUCUUCGAUCACAGCACUAUUUCUUCCAAGCCAGGCAAAAGCAUUGACAACGUCUACCUCGCUGCAGCUAGUGGUCCUGGAUCUGUUGUGGUCUUUCGCUCAUCGUCCCUCGACAGAAGCAUCGCUUCUACGGGUAUUCACUUGGAUAAAGUUACAUUGGAUGAGCAGAACUUCUAUGGUGAAUAUGGUGAUAUUGGGCCUGGAGCAUAUGCAAACAAUGAGACGGCUAGAUCCAAAUAUGUGACUCUGUUAGAUCGCUCCGAUUUGGCUCGUUAUACACUGCAAGCCGUUUUGGCAGGCGCCUACCCAACAUUUGCAACGUCGAGCACUUCGUGGAUUGAUCCUACGGUUCGGGCUGCGAUUCAUAGUGGGGAUGUUCUCAUUCCAUCCCCAAUUGACUCGGCCGGCGAUACAUCUACCGCGUCAUCGGGGUCGGGAUCUUCAACAUCCGCUCCUACUUACGUGGUCUCAACAGAUCCAUCGGACGGUCAAUACGCAAAUAUCACCAGUGCCAUCAGAGCUAUCCCUGAUGAUGGGAACGAUUAUGUCAUUUUCGUUGAGAGUGGCACCUACACAGAAAAGAUUGUUAUCAACCGGGCAGGCAAGCUCACCAUCCGCGGCGAAACUUCCUUUGAGAAUGACUCUACUUGUAACAAAGUCACCAUCCUGUUUUCAUCCGGAGCUUUACCUGGCUCUGAGCAUGACGACGAUGCUCCCGUGCUUGAUAUUGAGGAUAAAGACGGGAAGACAUUGGUAGCUCUAUACAAUCUCAAUUUUCGCAACACAUAUCCCCAGUCCGCCGACACUGCUGUUCUUGCGGCCGAUAUUUCAGGCACUGUCGCUGCGUACGGAUGUUCGUUUCUUGGCUACCAGCUGACCCUGUUCGCAAACAAAGGUCUCCAGGUCUCUUCUAAUUGUUAUAUCGAAGGCUCUUUUGACUUUGUUUCGGGUUACUCGACGGCCUACUUUCACCAGACAUAUGUUGCAACCAAUACAGCUGGUGGUUCAAUUGUCGUUCAAGGCCGGAACUCAGAGACAAGUGACGGCUACGUGUUUGAUACAUGCGUUGUGACGUAUACCGACUCGCAUGGUACCAAGUAUCAAGACACAUACCUUGGUCGGCCUUUGUCUGAAUAUAGUCUCGUUGUCUUCAAAGGGUCUUAUUUGGACAAGCAUAUCAAUCCUGCUAGCUGGAGUGUGUCGUCAGAGGAGUCUCCCCGAAUUGACCACGUCACCUUUGCCGAGUUCAACAACUCAGGACCAGGAAGCUGGAAUAGCAAACGGGCCGCUUUCGCUACACAAUUAAUUGAAGAAGAGGCAGAGGCUUAUUCUCUUUCCAGUCGGAUUGGUGACACUUCCUGGAUUGACAUGGCAACAUACAGGCUCGUUCCAUCAUAUAACCUGGGUGGACCAAGUCCAACAAAUUCAAACGCUGCAGUCCCAACUGACACUUCGACGCCACCAACCAACUUGGGUCAUCCGGAGACUGGAAGUACACCUCCUGUGGGUGCAAUAUCGGUAUCUGUGGACGGCUCAGUUGAAGGGACAUUUGAGAAUCUCACUGAUGCGCUGGCAUCUCUUCCGGCAGAUAGCAGCACACAAGUCAUUUUCAUGUAUGCCGGGUCUUACGAAGAUCAGGUGCCUUCUAUCGAUAGAAGUGGGCCUGUCAUUAUCAUUGGAUACACGGAGGGAAACCCAGGGCAAAGUUUCGCUGACAACAGGGUCACGAUCACAUUCUCUCGUGGGAUUUCAACUUCUCCUCUGCCAAACGGUCAUACCGAAAGCGAGACCGCGACCAUUUCAACCAAGUCCGACAGGAUUGCGAUAUAUAACAUUAACAUCGUGAACACCAAACGCUCGGAUACUCAAGAUACGUCCUAUGCCACUCUAGCGGCUUCUUUGUUUGGAACGCACAUUGCAUUUUAUGGCUGUAGCUUUGUCGCAUGGCAGGACACCCUCUUUACCGGAAGUCGGGACGGCUAUAUGUACUUUGAAUCAACGUACAUUGAUGGAGCGAUUGAUCCUAUCUGGGGUUAUUCCAAAGCUUACUUCAAGGGCUGUACCAUUGGGGCGAAGAUAAAGGACGUUGCCUUCACGGCUCAGGGACAAGCCCCUUUAGCAAUGGGAGGCUACAUCUUUGAUCAAUGUUAUUUUGGCGCAGCAUCCGACACAAGUGUCGAUCUCACAAAUUCCAUCUAUCUUGGACGCCCAUUCUCAGAAAAUGCUCUUGUGGUGAUCAAGUAUUCCCAUCUAACCAAUGUGGUGAACCCAUCUGGUUGGAAAGCCUGGUCUGCCACAGACCCUCGAACCAAGAACGUGAAAUUCGCUGAAUACAAAAAUGUUGGUGCUGGAAAUUGGGAAAAUAAUCAAGAGGCUCGCGAGGCAGUAGAAUUCUGCAAAUUGUUAGAGGCAGAUGACUACACGCUGGAAAAUGUCAUGGACUCUACUGAUUGGAUUGAUCGCACUUAUUGGGAUUCUAUUUCUGUGCCUGGACCCGAGGUAAGCGCAUUAGAUGCAGCAACAGGGACAGCAACAGGGACAGCAGCAGGAACAGCAACAGGGACAGCAGCAGGAACAGCAACAGGGACAGCAACAGGAAUAGUAACAGGGACAGCAACAGGGACAGCAACAGGGACAGCAACAGGGACAGCAACAGGGACAGCAACAGGGACAGCCACGGGUACAAGCGCUCCUUCGGGGACCGAUGGUUACGAUAGCACAAAACCACCGUCCGGGGCAUACCUUGUGUCCAAGACCAGUAUUGAAGGCAAUCCAACCUACGCCACUGUCCAGGACGCUCUGGACGCAUUAUCGACUUCCGCCCAAAAGGAAGGGACAAUCUUCAUUUAUCCUGGCACCUACGACGAACAAAUUGAGGUCAAGACAUCUGCCACCGUUGUUCUCAUUGGAUACUCGGAGAACACUGGUGAUUACUCAAAGAACAAAGUCACAAUCACGCAUAAUAAUGGAAGCGAUGCGCAAGACGAAGAUUCUGCAACUACUGGGGCCACCCUUUACGCGACAGGAGGCUACUUGCAGGCAAUCAAUAUCAACUUUGUGAACACAGCAAACACAGAAGGCAACACCGCAUCCGUCGCAUUCGCCGUGAAAGACUCCGUACAUGCAAGUCUUUAUGGUUGCAACGUUGUUGGAAACCGAGGUGCUUUGUUAAUCAAUGGAUAUCUUUUCGUUGCCAAUACUUAUAUCGAAGGGGGUGUCGACAUGAUCUGGGGCAAUGGGGCAGGCUACUUCCUGGCGUCCACUAUUUCUCCAAAUCAGGACAGGGUCAGUCUUACCGCAGACAAGCGAUCAUCAAAUUCCUCACAGGCAGGGUUCGUCUUCGACCAGUCCACUAUUAGCCCUGCUGCCAACACAAAGUCUCUAUCUGAUAUCUCCCUUGGUCGGCCUUUGAACCGCUAUGCAAGAGUUGUGUAUAUCUACUCCUCUCUGGACUCAUGCGUGGAAGCUGCUGGCUGGAAAGAGUGGUCCUCCAGCAGCCCUCGAACUAGUGACGUCUUGUUUGGGGAGUACAAAAACCACGGCGGUGGAUCAGAUACCUCAAAGCGAGCACCCUUUGCUGUUCAACUAGAUGACGAAACGGCGGCAAAUUUCGAAUUGGCCAAUUUCUUUCCUAGCACAAAUUGGAUUGAUCUCAGCCACGUGGAUACAAGUCCGUUCAAGGCUGGCCAGCCAGCACCAGGCUCAGCAGAAAGUCCCACUCCAACGUCCACGACUGGGGCUGCCAGUGAAACAGAUCCGACCAAGACAGCAACUGAAAUAUCGACUGUUCUCGCCACUGUGACAAUUACAGUGGAUGAAGUGACUUCCACCGAGACUUUAGUCAUUACUCUCGAUAUAGGUACUACUGUAGCCCCAGCCUCAGUCACCGAGGACAAUACCUACGAGACUACGACGACUACCCUUAGAACACUCACUGGUGACCAAUCAGCUACCACAGCGAUAAGGACAACAACUACAACAGCAACUAUCACUGCUCCUCCAUCAACGAUCACGUUUGUCAAAACCACCACGACAACGGUAACUGAGACCAUUCAGCCAGAAACAAAGACCAUUACCUCCAUGCUGGUCGUCAACAUAGGCGAUAGAGGCAUAAGAACCGAGAUAGCCGAUGCAGUGACUAUAACUUCGACAGUGGCGGUAACCCAGACGACUACGACAAACUCGAUCACAACUCUCAGCUGUGUUCCUGAUGACUUCCGUGCGACAGCGAGAGAAUUAGCGGUUCCCCAUGUGGUUGAAGCCAGUUCCACAGUCACCGCCAAUCCCACUGUGACGGAAUCCGUCCGAAGAUCUACACCUCCGGUGUCCACACCACACGUCACUGCAUCGAGCCAGGCAUCUGCAAAAACAAUCACCGUGACUUCUUUGAUCACCCAGACAUCCUCGACUACCUCUGCACGGAGCACUUCCUACGUCACAAUCACUCAUACAGCAUUUGUUCGCAAUAUGGCAAAGCUAGAUGCAUCUACUGUCACCAAAACUGUGACAAAGCUCGCCAUGAAAACAUCCGACGUGACUUUGACGGCCCCGAAGAUAACGAUUACAAGCUUCAAGACCAUCACAAUCAAUUCCACAGAUCAGCCACCGCCUUCUACGACCACAGUUACAAAAUUCUCCACCAUAAGAUCUUCGCUAGCACUGCCGCCCCAAACUUCUGUAAGCAUCAGGGCGACAAUGAUUCGCGAAACUCCAAUAGUAACGAUCACGGUGCAUCCCACAUCGACCUCAACCGCUUUUGCCCGAACUACCUCCACAGUCACUAGGACAGUGACGAGGUUUGAGAAGGGCGCCUCACUAUGUUCUAAUUGA